AUGAGACUUAUGCUACAGGAAAGAGAAUUGGAUCUGGACUUUAGGCCACUUGAAGAGCUCAUUGAUUAUAUUCAGGGUGUAGAAUUGUGUGACUUUAUCACAGGAGAUAAAGAGGUUGAAAUUGAGCAGAACACCAUGGCUAGCCACAUGGAAGAGGACAUUCUUGAAAAAGAUUUCAAGAUGUUACUGUCUUUAGGUUGUGGCUCUUUUGGGGAGGUGAUGCUGGCCUGCCACCUUCCCACACAUACGCGAGUGGCUGUCAAGGUCCUGGAGAAAAACACCAACAGUGUGGCUGACAUCAGCACUGAAGUGAACAUCCUUCAGUCUGUGGAACACAGGAACAUCGUUCGGUUUUUUCACAUGAUCGACACAGUGACAACCACUUAUGUGAUCAUGGAAUAUGUGGCAGGAGUAGAUCUGGAGAGCUACCUCAGGGCACUGGGCUGUCUAAUGGAGGAUGAGGCUAGACCGAUUUUCCGGCAGGUUGUGUCAGCACUUCAUUUCCUCCACCAAAGGCACAUUGCGCAUCGUGAUAUUAAAUUAGAAAACAUCUUAGUCGAUGCAGCAGGAAAUGCAAAGCUGUGUGACUUUGGUAUGGCAAUUAAGAUCACAGAGGGGCAGAUGUUGGACGAGCUGUGUGGUUCCUUGCUCUAUUGUGCCCCAGAGAUCUUGGCAAGUGAACCCUAUAAUGGAAUGGCAGGUGACAUGUGGAGCUUGGGUGUCCUCCUAUACAUCCUGGUCACAGGGCACUUCCCAUAUAUAGAAACCACCAUUGAAGGAAUGUACCAGCUCAUCACCACCACGAUGUGUCCCAUUCCCAGCCACUUGUCAAAAUCGUGCCAUACCAUCAUUGCACGAUUACUCACGGUCCCCACCUGGUACAGAAUGACAAUAAGUCAGCUUGUGGAACGACCAUGGCUGGGCCACAUUGAAGAACAUGUACCACCUGCACAUAAGGAAAUCCUUCCCAGGGUCGUGGAGACUAUGUGCACCAUGGGCUACACCUGUGAAGAGAUAGUAUCAUCCCUGAAACACAGGCAACCAAAUAAUGUAACAGCAACCAUAAACAUCCUCAAACACAGGCUGAGCUGUGGGGAUAGCCAUGUGCAAGAUGAGUCCUGGGUAAACAUGGUCUCUUCAGGUCUUCUUAGCCUCCCUCUGCCCUUGAAGAAGAGAGCUAGUGAACCAGUUCUUUCUGCUCAGGGGAAUCACUUUCACACAAAACCUGUGGAAGAAAGAGGCAAGGGGUGCAGAAGCUGCCCCAGGCUCAGCAGGUACUCCUGCCGGGAAGUGAUGCCCUGCCCUGACAACACAGUCCCAGAAAGAGAGGCUUCUAUGAAGGACGUCACCAACACUGCUACAGGGGACAUUGCAGUCACCAGGAAUUCAGUUGAGAGUCUACCUGGCAGUCUCCCCUGUCCUGAAGCUGCUCUGGAUGGAACUCCUACUGUGUUUGUCAGCAUGGACUUCUCCACAGAGGAACCAUCUACGCGGCCAGACUGUCAGAGUGACCAGUCCCAGGUGGCACCCACAACAUCUGGAUCCAGGCCAUUCAGGGGCUGGAACCUGAUGAGGAAGCGAAUUUCCCAAGCCCUGAGAGCGCUGUGCUGCUGUUGUUGCUGCUGCUGCUGCGUGACCACCCCACGGUGA